AUGUCUUGGAGCGACAGUGAGAACGCGGUGUUCGAGCGCGCGCUGGCCACCUACGACCGGGACACGCCCAGGCGGUGGGAGCUCGUGGCCGCCGCGGUGGGCGGCGGGAAAACCGCCGAGGACGCGAGGCGCCACUACGCCUACCUCGUCAAUGACGUCGGCGACAUCGAGUCCGGCGGCUACGGCAACCCCAACCCCAACCCCAACGCCGGCGCCCGCAACGGCAACAACGGGAACAACAACAGGGGCAGAGCCAACCGGCCCCAGAGAUGA